AUGGACAAUGCGCGUGCUCAUACUUUUUUAACUUUAUUAUCAAAAAUCUCAAGUUUGAGCUACGAAUUAUUGCCACAUUCAUCCUAUUCUCUAGAUUUAGCUUCAUCUGACUUUUAUUUGUUUUCUAGAUUCGAAAAAGUUUUAAGUGGAAAGCAAUUUUUAUCAAUUGAAGAGCUUCCAAAGACCGUAGAUGGCUAUUUUGAAGGUCUUGAAGAAAAUCACUUCAAAGAGGGUGUAGAAGCCAUGGAAUCUAGAUGA